CAGUCUAGAUUUCAACCGGUGUACUUGUACAAUGUACUACUGUGUGCAUUUCAAUCUUUCAUGAUGUCGAAAUGCAAAACUGAUGUUUGCAGACUAAUUUUGCGUGAAAGCUUUGGAGAAGUUGCGGAGAAAGUUGCAUAUUUACUUCUUAGUAAAGGUGCUUGUCAUUUACGCCAGAUUGCUUCAGAGACAACCCUUCAUAUUGACAAGGUACGAAAAAUUCUUCUGGUUUUGAUACAGCAAAAUGUUGUUAAGUUUGAGAAGAACAAGAGAGGUUAUACAGAAUAUUUCGUUGACAUUGAGAGCUUGUUUUGGAGACAGCGUAUACCGAGGUACAUACAUUGUGCAAAGACGCUAUAUGGCGAUGCUGCAGAGUUAGUUGUAGAGGAUCUGGUGUAUCACGGUCAGCUGAUGAUGUCAUCUGUUGUAAACACGGUUACUGAUAAAUUAAAUGAAGCUUUGGAACAUGCAGGUCACCAGAAAAUUGGUUCCCGUGUUGUAUAUGAUAAGUUUAGUCUCCUGGCUGGUACCCAUUUUAUACAGAAAUGUUUGAAUCUAAUGGAAGCUUCCCAAGAUGAAGAAGAUUUGGAUGAAAGAGAUCUUUCCCAUUUGUUUAAGGUGCCUCCAUAUAAUAUUAAAGAUGGAGAGAAGAAAAGAAAAAGAUCUACAGAUGAGAGUGAGCCACCAGCAAAGAAACCAAAAAUGUCAACGGACGAUGAGACGGUAUCAGACGAUGGUGUUUAUUGGAAAAUAAAUCACAGACGUUUCCAUCAGUAUUUUAGAGAUCAAUUAUUUAUUAAAGCUAUACACAACACAAUAGAUAAGAGAGCUGCAGACAUUUUACAAACAAUGUUACGGUUAACUGAGGUAAAAUCUGAUGAUAUAUGUUUUACUACAAACCCCAUGUCCUUCACAGAGAUAUUUCAGGCUAUUCCUAGAGAUCUUGGUAUUACAAGAAACAUGUGUGAACAAUAUCUCAGUUUGAUGACUGAUGAUUCCUCAGGUGUUGUGUCAAAGGUGGGGGAAAGUGGAGGUGGAAUGUUUGUGAUAAAUAUUAUGAAAGGUCUUAAAACAAUAUGUAAAGCACACCUGGAAUCUGUGGUACAGGAAAGAUUUGGAUCAAAAAGUUUGAGGAUAUUUAGAGUUUUACUUUUAAAACAACAUCUAGAGCAGAAACAGAUAGAAGAUUUAGCCAUGAUUCCAUCAAAAGAAGCAAAAGAACUUCUAUAUACGAUGUUUGCACAGAACUUCGUUUCAGUAACAGAAAUAUCUAAAACCCCUGAUCAUGCCCCAGCAAGGACUAUCUUUUUGUUUAGAGUUCAGCUAGAUCAGCUUGCAAGAAUGUUGCUGGAAAAUUCUUAUAAGGCCCUUGCAAAUGCUAUGAGAAAAAGAGUGGCAGAAACUAAAGAAAAUAGGAGGUUAAUGGAGAAGCAGGAGAGAGUUGAUGCGAUAUUAGCGUCGCUAGAACAAUCUGGAGCAGACGACGCACAGAAAGAGGAAAUACAGCAGACAAUUACACCAGCAGAAAGGUCACAGCUGCAAAAGGUCAAACAUAUGAUAAAUAUGUUAGAUCAGAGUGAACUGCAGCUAGAUGAGACGAUCUUUGUAUUAGAAACCUUCCUUUAUUAUAAUGACCAGAAAUUAAAAUUUAGGUCAUAGACUGCUAUAAAUUUUACUUCUUCAUUGUUCAAGUUUUUGAUAAUAAAUAAAUUUUACAAACC